AUGAAAGAUCUUGGUCAUCAAAAACGACAAAUUCACAUACUUAAAGUUGAUAUUGAAGGUAGUGAAUUUAAUUUUUUUGAAGAAUUAUUUCAAUCUUCAAAUAAUAAUCAAAAUGAUCUACCUUAUAUUCGUCAGAUUCUUUUUGAAAUUCAUCUUGGUCGUGCUGGAACUGAAGCACCAGGUCAACGUACACAUAAAUUAUUUGAAUUAUUUCGUUCAAAUCAUUAUGCAAUAUUUCAUAAAGAAGCUAACUUAUAUAGUGCACAAAAUGUUUUUGAAUAUGCACUAUUACGUUUAAAUUCAACGUUCUUUAUAUCGUCGUUUUAA